AGACAUACGUGCGCUGGUCUCCCAAGGGCACCUACCUGGCCACGUUCCAUCAGCGAGGCAUUGCUGUCUGGGAUGGAGAGAAAUUCAAACAAAUCCAGAGAUUCAGCCACUAGGGGGUUCGGCUCAUUGACUUCUCGCCUUGUGAAAGAUACCUGGUGACAUUCAGCCCCCUGAUGGACACUCAGGACGACCCUCAAGCCAUCAUCAUCUGGGACAUCCUGACUGGACAGAAGAAGAGGGGUUUUCACUGCGAAAGCUCAGCCCAUUGGCCUAUCUUUAAGUGGAGCCACGAUGGUAAAUUCUUUGCCAGAAUGACACUCGACACUCUUAGUAUCUAUGAAACUCCCUCUAUGGGCCUGUUGGACAAGAAGAGCUUGAAGAUCUCCGGCAUAAAGUAAGUGAGUGUUCUUACAGGCGGGCGGUAGGAGCUGGCACCCCCUCUUCUAGCACUUGGCUCUUCUGCAGCUGUCCUAACUCUAGCCACAAGGGUGCCACGGCAGGCCCAGG